UAAUGCAAAAAAAAUAUAAGUACUUAGAUUGCUCUUUCAAUUUUUUAUAUUAAUCAAAUAAUCUGUUUAAACACACAAAGAGUGCAAAAAUGACGCGCAACACCACAGAUAAUCUUCUCAAAGAGGCUGUCAUCCAGAUUGGUGCUGGAGGAUCAGCAGGUUUUAUAGAAGUUUGUAUAAUGCACCCAAUGGAUCUCGUUAAAACACGUUUUCAGCUCCAAGUGAAGACAACAAAAUCAGAUCCAUUAUAUUAUACAGGAAUUCGUGACUGCAUGACUAAAAUGUAUAAGACUGAAGGGCUACCAGCAUUUUGGAAGGGAAUUUUACCUCCGAUACUUGUAGAAACUCCCAAACGUGCAGUUAAAUUUUUUACAUUUGAACAAUAUAAACAGUUUUUCUUAUUUGGCGCUAGUGCACCCACUCCGUUGACAUUCUCAUGUGCUGGUUUCUUCGCUGGUGUUACUGAGGCUAUAUUAGUUAAUCCUUUUGAAAUGGUCAAAGUAAAAUUACAAUCUAAUCGAAAGCAUAUCAAAGAAAGCCCAUCGACAUUCGCAGUGACGAAAGAAAUAAUUUCUAAAUAUGGUUUUGGAUUGAAUGGUCUAAACAAAGGGCUUUCAGCCACUAUAAUGAGAAACGCGGUCUUUAAUUCAUUUUAUUUUGGUUUUUAUCAUUCUGUUAAAGGAUAUAUAUCAGUCAGAAAAGAACCUUGGUUGGAAUUUUUAAGUAAAAUUGCUAUAGGAUUUGUGUCAGGUACUGUUGCAUCUUGUUUAAACAUACCAUUUGAUGUUGCUAAAAGUCGCAUUCAGGGUUCACAAGAUGGUACGCAAUACAAAGGAACGCUGAACACCAUGCACAUUAUUUACAAGAGAGAAGGAUUUAGAGCCUUGUACAAAGGCUUGGUGCCAAAGGUGUUAAGACUAGGUCCAGGUGGUGCCAUUAUGCUUGUGGUAUAUGACUACAUGCAUGUAUUUCUUACAAAAAAGUUGAUAAACUAAUACACUGCAUUUCAAGAAGCUGUGAGAUAAUUAUAAGAACUUUUCAAAUUGCAUUUGAUAUUUACAUAUAUUUAUACAUUAUUGUGUAUGUAUAUAUAAUGUAUAUUUUU